GGACGGGCGGCGCUUGCAGAGGCUCGGGGACGGUUGCUGAGGGGGACUGGGAUCCCGGUCGCGGCGCCUUCCGCCUGACGGCUCCCAGUCUGUCUGUCGGAUCCCGAGCGACCUAAGCUGAGCCCGCGCCCAACGGGUGGGCCGGACGGAGAGAAUUCCCUGAGCUGGUGUCAGGUGCCACGGGCACUGGGGAUCUCACCAGGAGGGGACGGACAGAGCUAGGGGCCAGCAAGAUGGCGGAUGAGGCCUUAGCCGGACUGGAUGAGGGAGCCCUGCGAAAGCUGUUGGAGGUCACAGCGGAUCUGGCAGAGAGGCGGCGCAUCCGCUCAGCCAUCCGGGAGUUGCAGCGGCAGGAGCUACAGCGUGAGGAGGAGGCCCUGGCAUCCAAGCGCUUCCGUGCCGAGCGGCAGGACAACAAGGAGAACUGGCUGCACUCUCAGCAGCAGGAGGCAGAGCAGCGAGCUGCUCUGGCGCGGCUGGCAGGGCGGCUGGAGUCCAUGAAUGAUGUCGAAGAGCUGACUGCACUGCUGCGAGGUGCCGGUGAGUAUGAAGAACGCAAGCUGAUCCGAGCUGCAAUCCGCCGCAUAAGGGCCCAGGAGAUUGAGGCUGCCACAUUGGCUGGGAGGUUGUGCAGCGGGCGUCCCAACAGUGGCUCAAGAGAGGAGAGCAAGGGGCGGGCAGCACACAGGCUGGAACAGUGUGAGGUGCCAGAGCAAGAGAAACAGGAGCAGCACACAGAGGUCCCAGAGCCAACCCCAACCCCUCAGGGCACCAGCCGGGAUGUGACCACAGUGACACUCCUGCUGCGGGCCCCACCUGAGGGCACACCCAGCUUACCUGCCUCACCUGUCAGUUCACCCACCACUGCUUCUCCUGAGCCUCCACUAGAGCCUGCUGAGGCCCAGUGUCCUGCUGCUGAGGCUGUGGGCAGCCCCGAGCCACCCUCCAGCCCACCCAGGGCCACCAGCCCUGAGCCCCAGGAACCGCCAGCCACCCCCAGCACUGAGAGGCAGGUGGUCAGCAAGCUCCUGCCUGGCCCCACAGAGCCCCCAGCUGUCCAAGGCCCCACCAAAGAUCCCUCCAACACAAAGAGAGCAGACCUGGCCGGACCCCGUCCCUGCCAACGCUCCCUGUCUGUGCUCAGCCCCCGCCAGCCAGCCCAGAACCAAGAGCCCCCCAACCCUGCCAGCGGACCUUCCCUAUUCCAGCGGGCUGGCUCUGUGCGGGAUCGUGUGCGCAAGUUCACAUCUGAUUCUCCUAUGGCUGCUGGGCUCCAGGAUGGCCCACCCCGGUUGGCCCUGGGUGCCUCAACCCCCACAAGACUCCUGGGCCCCUCCCACAUCAGCACUACCCCUGCCUCUUCCAAAGGCUCCUCCUCACGGGCCCCCAGUGACACCUCCUCCCGAAUCAGCAAGGAGCCACGGGGAACAGCCAGGCCCCUGGCCCAGCUUCAGAGCUGCCCCCGGGAGGAGGGCCCCAGGGGGCGGGGCUUGGCUGCCAGGUCCCUUGAAAACAGAGCAGGGGGGCCUGGGGCCCUCUCAGAGGAGCCCAGUGCCCUGCUUCCCAUGCCUGCCGGCACUGCUGAGCCAGGGGCCAGUAUGAAGACCACAUUCACCAUCGAGAUCAAGGAUGGCCGUGGCCAGGCAUCCACAAGCCGAGUGCUGCUGCCCACAGGCAACCAGAGGGCAGAACUGACGCUGGGGCUACGGGCGCCUCCCACCCUCCUGAGCACCAGCAGUGGGGGCAAGAGCACCAUCACCCAUAUCAGCAGCCCUGCGACCCUGGCCCAGCUGGGUAGCGUCACUCAUGUCACCAGCUUCAGCCAUGCUUCCCCUGGUAGCCGGAGAGGCUGCAGCAUUAAGAUGGAGCCAGAGCCAGCAGGGCCCCCCUCUGCGGCAGUGGAAGUGGCUAAUGGCGCCGAGCAAACCCGAGUGGACAAAGCACCAGAGAGGCGGAGCCCCCUAAGCACUGAGGAGCUGAUGGCCAUUGAGGAUGAAAGCAUCCUGGACAAGAUGCUGGAUCAGACUACAGACUUUGAGGAACGGAAGCUAAUCCGGGCUGCACUACGUGAGCUCCGACAAAAGAAGAGAGACCAGCGGGACAAGGAACGGGAACGGCGGCUGCAAGAGGCACGGGCCCGGCCAGGGGAGGGCCGUGGCAACACAGCCACAGAGACCACCACGCAGCACAGCCAGCGGGCAGCCGACGGCUCAGCUGUCAGCACUGUCACCAAGACUGAGCGGCUCGUCCACUCUAAUGAUGGCACGAGGACGGCCCGCACCACCACAGUGGAGUCAAGUUUUGUGAGGCGCUCGGAGAACGGUGGCGGCAGCACCAUGGUGCAAACCAAGACCUUUUCCUCGUCGUCAUCCAAGAAGAUGGGCAGUAUCUUUGACCGCGAGGAUGAGGCCAGCCCACGGCCCGGCAGCCUGGCGGCACUCGAGAAACGCCAGGCGGAGAAGAAGAAAGAGCUGAUGAAGGCGCAGAGCCUGCCCAAGACCUCAGCCUCACAGGCGCGCAAAGCCAUGAUUGAGAAGCUGGAGAAGGAAGGCGCGGCGGGCAGCCCUGGGGGGCCGCGCGCAGCGGUGCAGCGCUCCACCAGCUUCGGAGUCCCCAACGCUAACAGCAUCAAGCAGAUGUUGCUGGACUGGUGCCGAGCCAAGACACGCGGCUAUGAGCACGUGGACAUCCAGAACUUCUCUUCAAGUUGGAGUGAUGGGAUGGCCUUCUGUGCCCUGGUGCAUAACUUCUUCCCUGAGGCCUUCGACUAUGGGCAGCUCAGCCCGCAGAACCGGCGUCAGAACUUCGAGGUGGCCUUCUCAUCUGCUGAGACCCAUGCGGACUGCCCGCAGCUCCUGGACACAGAGGACAUGGUGCGGCUUCGAGAGCCUGACUGGAAGUGCGUGUACACGUACAUCCAGGAAUUCUACCGCUGUCUGGUCCAGAAGGGGCUGGUAAAAACCAAAAAGUCCUAACCCCUGCUCAGGGGCCCCACGGUGAGAAACGCCGCCUCGCCCACCUGCGCUGUAUGCUGGAAUCUGACCAGAGGGGCACAGAGAGAGACCUGGGAGGGGGUGGGGGGCGCAAUGGGACCCUGAGAAGAACCAGAAGGAGCCAGAUGUGGCCCCACCUCUGGUAGUUCAGGGCCUAGCAAGCAAGACCAUUCUUCUAAAGGGUCCUGCUCAUGUGAUGACCCUACAUGAGCAGGCCUGAGAUGGAGCAAGCCCAGGAAGGAACCCCAGAGGAGGCAUCUGACACGGCCUGCAGGUCCAGGACAGCUGUCUGAAAAAAGUGCAAACCUAGCUGGGAUUUGAGCAAGUUCAGGCUAAAGGAGGGAAAAGGAGUCCCAGGUGGACGGAUGAGCCUAUGCACAUGGCUACAGGCGAGAGAGAUGGAGAGCAUGGCACAGCCAGCAAGGGAAAAAAGUUUAGUCUGGGUAUGAAGGGAAGAAAGGGGCCACAGGAGUUUGAACUUUCUCCUGAGGACAAGAGUCCUAAAAGAUUUCCAAACAGAGAAGGAAUAUGUGUUGUCCGGUUAGCAUUCUAGAACAAGGAUCGGAUGAGGGAUGAGGAGGGAAGGAAUGGGCUAGAUAGCUGGAGCAGCUUAAUAAGAAGUAGGACAGGCUUCCUGAUGUAUCCAGUUGGGGAGAAAGAAGGAGGCUUAAGGAAGUCUGCUAGGCCUCUGGUUUGGGCACUGGGGAAUUGGUGGUAUCACACUCAUUGGAGAGCUCAAGAGCAGGGCCAGUUUAACAGGAAGAUGUUUCUGGAUCUUUAAACCAGCUCUGGCAUUUUCUCUCUAGUCACCUCACCUCAGGGCCACAGUAGAGAAUUCAGGUCCUGAGCUAACUGUCCAUUCCAGACAAUGCUGCUCAGAGUAGGAGAAAGGUGGCUCAGCGUCCUGGAGGUUUUAGGUCAGAGACAGGGCCAGAAACUAGAAUUCCAGGCUCCCCACAUAGUGGCUCUAUUCCUUACCGCAUCACUUUUCCCACCCAUUGUGUAGAGAGAAGAAAAGACAAGAGCUCAGAGGGUAUAAGGGGAUUGCCCAAAGUAAUGUGAAUCAGGGACAGAGCUAGUGGUGCAUUCGGAUGCCCCUUGGGGCUUGGAGCCACAUGGUGGGCAGCCCACAUGUGUACACAUAUAUCCAGAGAAGCCAUACAGGUGAGAGGAGGAUGGGCUUGGUUCUGUCUCCAGGUCAUAUAUGGACUUAGGAGCUGCUGCCCAGCAGGCUGGC